GAAGAAGUGUGAUGACUCAAGCAAGUGACGGUGAUCGCAAUUGCUUUUUUGGGGUGUGGAUAAACUGAAAUAAGUUCUCACAAAACUGACUUGUUUUUUCCAUCGGACAUCCACAUCAGUCUCAUCUCUGCUCCAAGCUAACUAAGCAUGUGUAAGACGCAACACUGAGGUGAAUCAUGGCACGUGGUGGUAGAGAUCUUGGGUGCUGGUUUUUCCUCCCGUUGGCAACCUGCAUUAUGUUGGUGGUCUUUACCCUUUCCACCAUCCAUUGCAGCUCAUUGCUUCCUCUGGCAUAUACCUCUUAUGAAGUGAUGAUUCCAAGGCGGUUGGCAGCACGUGGGGGAAAGACAAAGAAGGAUGAAAUAUCCUACAUCAUCAAGGCAGCGGGAAGGGACUACAUCGUCCGACUCAAGCCCAAAAAGAAUUUCCUGGCUAAAAACCUUCCAAUCUUCACAUAUAAUUCUAAGGGGGAACGCGUUGAGAGCCAUCCCUACAUCCCAGUUGAAUGCUACUAUCAAGGCUAUGUUGAAGGCAUAGUUGAUUCACUUGCAGUUCUUAGGACCUGUUUUGGUCUCACUGGGUUCCUGAAAAUUGGCGCCAGGACUUACGGUAUUGAGCCUUUGCGGAAUUCAUCUGCCUUUCAACACCUUCUCUAUAUCUCUGAAGAAUCAGAGCCUAUUUUCCCAUCAUACAGAAUGGGAGUGGGAAGAACCACCCACCAAGCAGAAAAACUGGAGACCAGACAACUCAGAUCAAUGUACAGUGAUCUCCAGUACGAAGGUGUUCCAAAAUAUAUUGAACUAUAUGUUGUGGUAGACAAAAACAUGUUUGCCCUAGAAGCAAACAAUGUUACUAUAGUGGAAACUACAGUGCUGGAUGUGGUGAACAUUGUGGAUGCAACUUUCUAUUCUCUCAACACGAACAUUGUUCUCGUUGGAAUUGAGAUCUGGACUGAAAAGAACUUAAUAAGUAUGUCUGCGGAUAUCACACAAGUUCUUCAAAAUUUCAAUAACUGGAGAAUAGUUAGCAAGAUCCACAGACCAGCCUACGACACAGCCUUCUUGUUCCUUCAUCAGACUUUUGGUGACAUCUUUGGAAAGUCCCAUAAAUCUUCAAUUUGCAAGCCGGGUUUUUCAGCGGGGCUCCAAGUCUACAUCAAAAACGAAAUGAUCCGCUUUGCAAAGGGCUUUUCUCAUGAGUUGGCCUAUCAUAUUGGAAUGGAACAUGAUGGCCCUUACUGCUUCUGUGGCAAGUAUAUAAACUGCAUUAUGUAUACAUAUCACGCCGCUGUUAACCUGUUCAGUAACUGCAGUAUUCUGAACUUCAGAGACCUUUCUGAAGCUGGUCACUUGAAUUGCUUGCUCAAUGUUCCUAGAAUCCAACCUUCCAACCUUGACCAUUGUGGGAAUGGCAUUCUGAAUAAUGGUGAACAGUGUGAUUGUGGGGGAGCAGAGAAAUGCAAACGUGAUCCUUGCUGCGAUCCUAAUUGUGUCUUCAAGGCAAAAGCUGUUUGCGCAGUAGGAAAGUGUUGCCGAAGAUGUCGGUAUCUUUUCAAAGGGGAAAUCUGCCGGGGCAAAGCCAGCGAAUGUGAUCUCCCUGAAUACUGUAAUGGGAAAUCUGCAGAGUGCCCCAAGGAUUUGUACAUGCAAGAUGGAACAUCAUGUGGCAAAUAUGCUUCUUACUGUUAUAAAAACAAGUGUCAGAGCCAUGCUUUAUUGUGCAGCAGUAUCUUUGGUGGACAGGCCACGGCAGCUCCGGAGAGCUGCUACCUUUUUCUGAAUACCCUUGGGACUCAGUUUGGCAAUUGCGGCAGUGAUUCUAUAAGGAAAAAGUAUUUGAAAUGCCAGCCCGAAGACAGCAUGUGCGGAAGAGUACAGUGCGUAGGUGUGGGAUCGGCCCCUGUCCUGAAAGAUAUGGAGGUGCAUAAGCAUAAAGUGCGGGAGGUGAUGUGCUGGAGCACUGAACAUCGUGGCGAAACCCAUCACACUGAUAUCGGGGCUGUGCCUAAUGGCAUCCUAUGUGCCCCACACAAAGUGUGCAUCAAUCGCCGCUGUGUCCCCACAACCGUAUUUAAUUCGAGCUGCAGCCCAAGGAAUACAUGCCGAGCCCGAGGGGUUUGCAACAACCUUCAUAAAUGUCACUGUAAUAUUGGAUGGGCCCCUCCACACUGCAAGUAUUGGGGUGCAGGAGGGAGCAUCGAUGGAGGAUUUCCUGUGGUGACCCAGAGCACAGCCUUGGCAAAACGAAUUUUGGGAACUGUGAUUCCUUUUUCAUUGGUCAUUAUUGCUGCUAUUACCGCGAUAGGCCCCAAAGUGGUGGAAUUCUUGGCAUCACUUAAAAUGUGGUGGAGGCAAAACUUCAGGCCUGGCACUUUCUUCCUAAAAUGUCUAGCUAGGGAGAGCACUGAACACCACAAAAAAGAUGAACUCCCAGACAAGGGGAACCCUGCCAGAUGAGGCUCCCUAGUCGUCAUUGGAAAAUUUAAUUGAAGACCCCAGAGAAAUUCACUCCGAAGUAUUAGCUUCAAACUAUAUAAUUCCCUUGCAAUGAGCCCAUCUAAUAAUAAUAAAGUUAGCAGCCUGUCAUUGUUCAAAUAAAACUCAGAACUUUCCAAAACUGAAAAGAGCACUAACAGCAGAAACCGAAUGAAUAUGCAAAGAUAGUUUUGGUCACUGAGAAAUCAAAUGAAACAUAUUUUCCUCAGUUGAAAAGAGAAAGGAAAGGGUGGGGAGGAGUAAUAA